AUGCUAAGCAGCAGUAGCCCUGAAUUUUCACAAAAGUCCCUGAAGAUUAAACAAGAUGACAAAUUCUUCACAAGGCUUCUAUCCAAGGAGAGCUCAGUUGCAAACCCUUCUUUCAGAGUCUACUAUGGAAAUGUUUCCGGAGCAAUCCCUUUUACUUGGGAAAUUCAACCUGGUACCCCUAAACACAAAUUCUCUGAUAAUUCAAUCCCUCCACUCACCCCUCCUCCUUCCUACUACAACUCCAACCCUGACCAUGAUCACAACAAAUCCACAAAGAGAAGAUAUUACCAAAGAUCCAAGCUCCUCUACAAUAUCUUGCUGAACAUCAAACUCAUCAAGAAAGGGCAGGUGGCAUCAUCUUCACCUUCUUCUUUAUCAUCGUCUUCAUGGUCCUCAUCAAUGAGUAGCACUGUUCCUUCCUCCAAAGGGUACGGGACAAGGCGACGCCGUUUCACGAGCUAUGGCUCUUCAUUUGAUGAUGGACAGAUGUACGGUGGUGGAUCUCCUGAUGCAGUGAAGUGUUUUGGGAUAGAUAGCAACAAGAGAAGGGAUAGUAAUGGUUGUCCUAGUGCGUAUACUGUUUUGAUCGUGAAGAAAGCUUUCUUGUCGAUUGUGGGCCGCAGAUCUGGUUAA